GUUUCCAACGUUCAUGAUAAUAGUAUAGGCCUUUAAGUAAUAAGCCGUUUAGAAGUUGUCUCCGUUUGGCUGUAAAUGUGUGUCUGUGGAACACCGAAAACUAAACAAGUCAACCCUGCUUUGAGCCUUAAAAUAAAGGAAGUAGUAGAAGAGGAGGCGUGUCCACAAACUAUAGUUUCGAUAUGUACAGUACGCAAUGUCACAAAUUAACAUUCGAAACAAGCCCUGAUUCACAUCGAGAAGAACUAAGGUUGCUGAUGGUUUACGUUAACUUACAGAGAGCAGUGUUAUGCGUGUGUUAUCUAGAUGGACUUGGAGUUUCAGCGGGUGCUGUUAAAAGUGCAGGAGUCUCUCACUGGCGAUGAGGUGCAGGACCUGGUGUUCCUCUGCUCUGAUCUGCUGAGUCUAAAAGACCUCUGCACCGUGAGCUCAGCCGGACAGCUGUUCAGUCUUCUGGAGAAGAGGAACCAGCUGUCAUGUGAGGAUCCGUCUCUGCUUCUAGAGCUGCUCAGGAUCAUGAAACAAAACAGCCUGAUCCGCAAUCUGACCUCAGAUGAUUAUAAGCAAACCAACGGCACAACCUACAGUCAACAAAUAUCCCCAUACAGACAGUUGUUGUACGAGCGGUCAGAGUCCAUCUGUGAGCAGGACCUGCAAAACAUCAAAUUCCUACUGUUGAAAACACUAUCGCGCAAAAAACUGGAGAAGGACACGACAUUGUUGCAGUUGUUUUUGGACAUGGAGAAGGAAGACCUUUUGGGUGAACAUAAUUUGGACGUUCUGCAGAAAAUUAUAGCAGAUAUCAAUCCCAGUUUAGAAAAAAGAAUUAUUCAAUACAAAACGGAGCGUUAUGAGCCAGGUGGGAUGGUUAUUGCUCAGGAGAUCGGGAAGAUUACUCCUGCUUCACCCUCAGCACUGACAUUACUGUCACCCGUUGGCAUAAUGGAGGAGCAGGUGGACAGACUUAGUCUGACUGAAGGUCCUGCUUUGAUUAGUGGAGAUCAGUGCCAGAAUUUGGAUUCCAACUCAGUGAUUGAAAACAAGAGCUUAAACUUGUCUGUGACAAGUCAGAAUACAGAGAUCCAGCAGUAUGAGAUGAAGGGGGACAGGAGAGGAUUCGGUCUAAUCAUCAACAACUAUGACUUCCGUGCAUGCACACUGGGGAACAGAGAAGGAACAGAUAUUGACAAAGAAAGGCUGGAGGUUGUAUUCAAGUGGUUGGGAUUUGAGGUCCUGGUUGAACAGGACUGCAAUCGCCAUCAGAUCCUGCAGGUGCUGAGGAACCUGGCUGCUCGUGAUCACACGCCGGCGGAUUGCGUUGUGUGCUGCGUGUUGAGCCACGGACGAGUAGAAGGCAUCUGCGGGGUUGAUGGAGAGAUCGUCACCUUUAGGGAGCUGAUAGAGACCCUGAGUCCAAAUGAGUGUCCCUCUCUCUGCAAGAAACCCAAACUGUUCUUCAUCCAGGCCUGCAGGGGUAACGACAAUCAGCCAGCAGCAUUUCCUCAAACUUGCUCAGAAGAUGAGGACAUGCUAUUCAGCGAUGCAGCUGUACCCAGAGACUCCAUACCAGAGAUGGCGGACUACCUGUUAGCCAUGUCCACUGUACCACACUACGUCUCAUACAGGGAAAAAGGCAGGGGAACCUGGUUUAUACAGUCGCUCUGCCACAGCCUGCAGCUGCUGGUGCCAAGGGGUAUAGACCUACUCUCCAUUCUGACGCAGGUGAACAGCGAUGUGAGCAAAAAGACGGACAAAAGCGGUUUGAGGAAGCAGAUGCCACAGCCAGAGUUCACCCUCACCAAGAGAGUGGUUUUCCCUCCACCCAAAUCUCACCGACCCCUUCCAUAAUGUCCUGCUGCAGUCCAUGAAACCUUUCAGACAGCAUACACAACACAUACACAAACACACAGAUGUUCAUCAGUGUUUACACGUUGAGCUGGGGUGAUGAUUAUCUUGUUUAAUUGAAACAAGGGGUAAGGUCCUGAAAAUACUGUUCACAUAAAGUAAUUUUGACUUGCCUAACAAAAAAAAUUAAUAUUUUAGAUAUUUAAUGUAAUAAACAAAU